GCUGUAUGACCCACUGAAAUAAAAAACAGGGUGUUAAAACAGUAACUCAGUGAUUUGCUGGAUUUGUGCCUCCCCAAGGUGCCAUGGUAACGGGCCGCGAUGCUGUGUGAACUCAAGUGGAUAGCUGCGUGGGAGCCUGGUGCCGUGUCUCGAUUCCGCCGCCCCGCAGAUGAGGGAUGAGCGCCGAGCGGUUGCUCCACGUGCAGAGGGAGGGGCUGCUGCGGGCGCUAUGCUGCGGGGGUGUGGCUGAGAUGCUGGAGAGUGUACUGGACCUGCUGCUGGCCUGGGAUGUUCUGCAGUGGGAGGAGUACCAGAGCGUGCGCCCACCUGAGCGGCCCCUCUGCCACAGUGCCAGGGAGCUGCUGGACCUGGUGGGCAGCAAGGGUGAGGUAGCCUGUGGACUGCUGCUGGCUGCUCUGAACCAGGUCCUCGACAAGGCGCAGAAGGCAAGCCUGUCCUUCGGAGCUGGAGGCGGCGGAGGCCAGGGGGUGCCGUGGCCUCUGCCUGCCACCGCUUGUCAGAUGCUGCAGAUGGAGCGCCCCCGCCUGGUGCGGAGGCUACGUGGCCGCAUUGCUGCAAUUCUCCAGUCUCUGGUGAAGUCUGGCGAUCUCACAGCCUAUGAGUGUGAUGAGGUGCAGCUUCCGAUACACACCCCUUCACAGCAGGCGAGGCGGCUUCUGGACCUGGUGCAGUCGAAAGGUGACUGCGCAGCUAAGACCCUGCUGCGGCUGUUGCAGCAGAUGGAGAACUCGUCUAUGUCAGAGGACGGUGAGACUGCCCUUCCUGCAGAGGUCUUGCAGUACCACAAAAAGCUGCGCAGCUCUGUGUUGGCACAGUCACUCUUCCUCAGCACCUAUGGUGGCACGGGCAGCCUAUCCCUGGAUGACGUGUACACAGAGGGACUACUGGAGGUGGCGCAGGGCAGUGGAGAGGUCCCGCGACCUCUGGGUUUGGAGGACAUAUUUGGUCAGGUGGGUACGCUGAAUGAGGAGGCUGACACAGUGCUGCUCUCUGGGGAGGCAGGCAGUGGGAAGAGCACCUUGCUGCAGCGGAUCCACCUGGUCUGGGCCAGGGGGGAGGCCUUCGAGGACCGGCUACUGCUCUUUGCAUUCAGUUGCCGGCGCUUGAGCUCGGAGGAACGGGAGGCGUCCCUCCGGGAGCUGCUGUUCUUGCACUGCUGCUGGCCUGAUGGCGACCAGGAGUUAAUCUUCCGAUACAUCUUGGAUCACCCACACCAUCUGCUGUUCACUUUUGAUGGCCUGGAUGAGUUCCGGCACUCUUUCUCGGAUGAGCGCAGGCUCUGUUGCCCCACGCAGCCAGCCCCUGUGUCCACGCUGCUCUUCAGUCUGCUACAAGGCUCACUGAUGCAAGGUGUCUGCAAAGUGGUCACCAGCCGUCCCCAAGCCAUGGGCACUCCUCUGCGUUUGUACAUCCGCAAAGAAGUCCAACUCAAGGGCUUCUCGCCAGAGGGCAUCAGCCACUUCGUGCAGAACCAUCACCGUGACCCUGGAGUGAGUGCGCACGUCCUCGACAUGCUGCGCAACAACUCGGCUCUUUUUGGCCUGUGCCACAUCCCUGUCCUCUGCUGGAUUGUGUCCAAGUGCUACAAGGAGCUUCUGGGCAGCAGGGGUGACCGCCCCCGCACCUUCACUGAUGUCUACCUCAUGAUCCUGCAGCACUUCUUUCAGCACCGUUGCCCACAACAACGCACUCUGGGGUCGAGCUGGGAAACGAGUUAUGCGGAUGUGGCUCUACGCCUUGGUCGCCUGGCUUUGUGGGGCCUCAAGUCUGCCCGCUAUGUUUUCUCCAACAUGGAGCUGCUGAGAUGCAGCAUGACAGAGGAUGACAUCGGCACGGGAUUCCUUGUCCACAGUGAGGGUUCCCCCGGCUCAGAUGGAAAACACUACGAGUUUCUGCAUGUUACCUUGCAGUGCUUCUUCGCAGCUCUAUUUGUUGUCCUCGACGACAAUGACUCGGAACACUCAGCCAUUCCAGAACUCUUCAACAUUCAGAAACGGCAGGUGCUCGUCUCCCGCGGCUGCCUCGGUCCCUGCUUGUCCUCUUACUGUGGGCAGGAGGGCGAACCCAAAGGUCAUACCGCCAAAGCCGAAAAGACCAAUCUGCAAAUAACCGCCACCUUUGUAUCGGGACUACUGUCCCAUCGGCAUCGCGGCCUCCUCCUGCAGUCCUGCCCUGCCGCUGCCAUCAAUAAGCGGUUCCGGGAGGUGGCGAGAGCCUUGUCCCAGGGCCUGAAGAAGCACUUCCGCUCCAUCCCACGCCCUGUUGAAGGAGAGAAGAAGAGCAUGCAUGCCAUGCCGGAGUUUGUCUGGCUUAUUAAGUGCAUCUAUGAGACUCAGGAUGCAUCGAUGGCGCGGGCGGCCGUGGCCAAGCUGCGGGUUGAGCACCUGAAGCUCACCUACUGCAACAUCGGGCCGGUGGAGUGCAGCGCCCUGGCCUACGUGUUACAGCACCUGCGCUCGCCCGUCGGACUGCAGCUGGACUACAACUCGGUGGGAGAUGUUGGGGUGGAGCAGCUGCUGCCCUGUCUCCAUAUGUGCAGCUCACUUCAUCUCAGAAACAACAAUGUGACGGAUGAGGGGGUCCGUAAACUAACCGAGAAGGUUGUACAGUUUGAGAAUUUCCUGAAGAUUGCGCUCUUCAAUAACAAGCUGACUGAUGCCUGCAUGCCAUACUUUGCUCAACUUCUGAAAGCCAAGCAGAAUUUUAUCGCCUUAAGGUUGGGAAACAAUUAUAUCACGGCUGUGGGGGCCGAGCUCCUGGCUGAAGGAUUGAGAGGACACCGUUCGCUGCAGUUUCUGGGGCUGUGGGGCAACAAAAUAGGAGAUAAUGGUGUGCAGGCACUGUCCAAGGCCCUGGAGAGCAGCCACAGCCUGGUGUGGCUCAGCCUGGUGGACAACGGCGUGGGCAGCGCCGGAGCACGAGCUCUGGCUGACCUCAUCAGGAGCAGCCACACUCUGGAAGACCUGUGGUUAACUAAAAACUGCAUAACGAGAGAGGGCGUGGAGUACCUGCUUCAGGCCCUGGAGGUAAACAGCAGUUUGAAGUCUAUAUGGCUGGGAGGCAACAGACUGAGUCCAGAGGAUGUGGAGGAACUUAAGCGGAGAGACAAUCGGCUGAUUUUCUGAGUGUAACUGGGGUCAAAGGUGACCCCUCACACCCAGCGUCCCCUUGACAAGUUACCCUUGAGCCCCAAGCACUGUUUACGUGGUUUUAAGAAUUGUUCUUAACUUUCCGUUAAGUGUUCAUGCAGUUUUCCCAGAUUGAGGAAAUAUCAACAAUGGCAUAGUUCUGCAAUUGGACUGCUGUUAUAAUUCAAUAUUUCUCCUUUUAACGGUUUUCAUUUCCUUUUGCGAAAAAAGUGUGUGGCGAUUACUGGACACUGAACUGUCAUUGCAGUGCCAUGCAGUACUUGCCUAUCCUUUUUUUCACAGUCAAAAUUAAUGCAUAGGAUCCUAUAAGAUCACAGUACAUAACUCUCUUUAGAAAUCUUUUAUAAUGUUAUCUAGUUCAUUUUCAUUUAUA